AUGCUGCGCGACUUACAGGCGUCGAUCAUCGUCGUUUGCACCCUCUCAAUUGUCAUUGCGACGAAGGCGAUCUUGUGCAGGUAUUGGGGACGUCGUCUGACGCGGAGGCCAUGGCACGCAGACGACUGGCUCAUGGUAGUCGCAUACCUCAUUACUCUACUCUUCCUCAUCUCCGCCAUAUAUGGCGUGUUCCGGCAACAGUACGGCAAGCAUGACUGGAACAUAUCCGCCAACGAACGGAUUGCAUCAGAAAACCAUCCGGGUAACCGCUUCGUGCUGAACGGCUUCGGCAUCCUUUCUAUGGUCUUCUGCAACCUCUCCAUCACGCAGUACUACACGACGCUGUUCCCGCAUUACCGUAUGCGCAUCGCCUGCAGAGUCUUGCAAGCUCUCACCGUCUGCUAUGGAAUCAUAACCCUCGCCUUACACCAAAUUCCCUGCGUGAGACAUCGGUUCGGCAAACCUAAGGCGAUACAUGAGCCUUGCACAAUAAAUUUUGCGUCGUUGGCGGUAUACAGCAGUGUGUCGGGGAUGUGUUUGGAUCUGGCGAACGUCUUGUUGCCGAUGCCGAUAUUCUGGAGACUGCAUGUGGAUUUCUGCAAGAAGGUGCGGCUGACGCUGUUGUUCGGCUUUGGAUUCCUUAUUGUCGGCCUUACCGCGACACGCGUCUAUUUCUUCGCCACCACGGAGAGCAGCGAUAAAACCUACCAAGCGGGUCGUAUCAUCCUGGUCAACGGGCCUGAGCCUGCUCUCGGUAUACUAGCCGGAUGUCUGCCGGUCAUGGCGCCUUGCUUUCGUCUGGCUUCGGAAAAGAUCAGGUGGAGCCUGGAGUCUUCCAAAAACUCAAACGAGGAGGAGAAUAUCGUGGGAGACCCUGCGUCGGUCGUUGGUGCUGCAGAGGGAAACCCAUCUACCCCUGGAAAGAGGUUUGGCCUGGGCAAUGAGAUGAGGUGUACUGUUUGA